AUGUCUGAAGAGAAAGAAAACGGCAUAUGUGGUAUAAAGAAGCUGAAGGGAUCGUCGGACUACCCAAACUGGAAGUUCCUGGUACGUAAUUACCUUGAAAAUAAAAAUUGGUGGGAGGUAAUAUCGAAAGAUGUAGUAAAUGCUGAUAUAGACAGGAAAGCACGAACAACUAUUUGCCUGUUGUUGGAGCCAGAGUGCUUUACCCACGUCUACAAUGCAAAGACUGCCAAAGAAGCCUGGAACAACCUGAAGAACGCCUAUGAAGAUAAAGGUUGGGGCAGACGUAUCCACAUACAGCGAGAGCUCUUUAACUGUAAGUUGGAGAAUUUCAAUUCUAUGGAGAGCUACAUAUCCAAAGUGACGUACCUUGCACAGCAGUUGGACGAUAUUGACGCAAAAAUCCAAGAAAAUUGGUUGAUAUCGAUUUUGCUCGGUGGUUUGACGGCGGAGUACAGCCCCCUCAUAAGUUGGUGGCUCAUCUAG